AUGCAAACUACUUCCUCCAAGUCAAACAAAAAAACUAACAUUAAAGACAAUCCUAAUGAUAUUCUAACUAAUAUCAAACCUACUUUCCCUCCAAUCAUAACGAUAAACGAUCUAAUCAAACCAAAAUCGCCUCCAAAUUCUUUCAUCGUAUACAGAAUGGCAUUAAUGAAGGAAUAUCGUAAUAAAAAUUGUAAAUUACCUUCGAUUUGUGAAAUCUCUAAAAUCGCAAAAAAAUAUUGGGAUAUGGAACCAAAGAAUGUAAAAGACUAUUAUGCAUCACUUGUUAAAGAUGCAAAAUCAAUUUACAAUAAAUUUUCUUUGGAUAAAUUUUCUUUGGAUAAUUAUAUGGAAUAUAUUCAAAAUCAAAAAUGUGAUAUAACAUAUGAUGCAGUUGAGAAUAUUAAUGAAAAUCUUCAUAUUCUCACCAGUGAUCAAAUUAAUAAUGAUGUUAGUUUUUCUACAACUACUAAUACUUUUCUAGUUCAUUCCUUUCCAAAUUAUGACAAUUACGAAUUGAAUUCAACGCCUAAUGAUCAAGAGUACAUUAGGAUAUUGGAACAAAUAAUUGAUCGUUAUUUACUUUAG